AUCCGUAGAAGUCUCACUGCUCUGAACAUGGUCAAAGAGGGUUGGAUUAGAAUGGGAUCACAAUGUUGUUCCUUGCCCUCUGUUUUUUAUCUCCUCUGAUCAGCAGCAUCCAUGCAAAGUGUGGCCUCAGAGCACCUUAUCAACCUGCUCCAAAGAAGGGCGAAAGGAUCAUAGGGGGGACAGAUGCCGAGGCUGGUGACUUCCCCUGGCAAGUGAGCAUCCAGAGCAAGGGGAGACAUCUCUGUGGAGGCACCAUCAUCAGCAGCUGGUGGAUUUUAACCGCGGCACAUUGCUUUGGGAAACCACUGCCUCCAGAUCUCACUGUUGUGUUGGGGGGAGUAGACCUCAGCCAAAAGUUGGAAAGCAAAAAGCUGAACAGCUUGAUUCUCCAUGAAAAAUUUGACAGCGAGAGCUUGGAAAAUGAUAUUGCUUUGAUCCUGCUKGACUCUCCCAUCCAACCCAGUUACCAGAAAAUGCCCGUCUGCUUGCCCUUCAUAAGUGAUCUUCAYGUAUGGAAAGAUUGCUGGGUUGCUGGAUGGGGCACCACAGCUGCAGGGAUCAUGGUGGCAACAUCCCGGGUGCUGCAGAAAGUGGAGGUGAAGCUGAUCAGCAAGGAGCAGUGCUCGAAGUGGGUCCCACAGCUAGCGGACAAUAUGCUGUGUGCUGGCCUGGAGGAAGGAGGGAGWGAUGCCUGCCAGGGGGACAGCGGGGGACCUCUGGUCUGCACCCACAGGAACAGCAUGAGGUGGUUCGCCAUCGGCCUCGUCAGCUGGGGAAACGGCUGUGGAGAAAAGCAAAGCCCUGGGAUCUACACGGAUAUCUACAGCUACCUCGACUGGAUCCAGGUGGAGACAUCCAGGGAUGCAAAACCUUUUAUCCCGGAAGGCAUGGAAAAUACUGCGAGUAACGUGCAAGUGCCUUCCAGCGCUAAGUCGCAGCUGGAGUUUCUUGGAUCUCCUCUGCUUUGGUUUGUCUAUUUUAUAGCAAUAAGAUUACUCUAGAGAAGAUUUUUUUCAGAACGUAAUAAAACUCAGGACUAUCGUCUCAUCCUUCUUUUGCCACUGGGCCAUAUAUUUUGUCUCAGGUCAGCCUGCUCCAGCGUAUUGWUGUGGAUGUAGACACCAAAAUAAGAGAUGUCAUGGGGAGCUAUGGAGAGGCCAGAGGAAACAAAUGAGAGCAAGAACUCAGGAAAGAGCAGCCAAGAGCCUCUGGAAAACCUAUGCUAAGCAGAGUGCUCUGGUGCAAGGUCAGCACGUGGCAUCUGAAGGAUUUACUCCCCUUAGGGAGCUGAAAUUUUG